CAUAGGUGGAUUUUGAUGAUACUUUUGACUCAGGCUAGCAGUUUUCUCUUGGCCAGUAAAUGGAGGAGGCCAUUGUUCAAUUCUUUUGCCAGAAGGCUAAUAAUAAAACAACUGGAGAUAAAUUCAUAGGCAACCAGAUUGCUCCAAUGUUAGAAUUUUGACGAACUAUUCAGAAAAAAAAAUCCCACUUAUUUUUCCUUUUUUAACUUUUCACAAGUUGAUCUGCGAAUUUAGUACGUCAUUGAUGCUAAGUACUUGGACUGGUGCUCCAUUACCUUCCAACUUCUGACUUCUAAGAACCUUUUAAAGCCCUAUCGCCCUUUCUUUAAUUGAAAUAAUCUCAUCUUUUCCUUUUAAGUUUGCUGAGCCUUGCAGAUUUUGUCUCUCCAUUUGUAGCUGAAUCAACAGCUCUUUUACAAGAUUCAGUUUUGGGUGGGAAGAAUUGUUUACUCACUGCUUGCUGCCGUCUGAAAGCCUUGAAUUACUAUAUUGCUCUUUGUACAGUUUUUUCUCUUGAGUGCAGGAUUCUCUAAUAGGUCUCCUUGUUCUUGACUUCUUGUGCAGAGGCUUGACUAAACAUAAGAAAUAUCUGAAUAUUUA